CGUCUUUCUGCUGGGAAGGUCACGUGAUGCCCGGCACAUGCGCAGUGUGCAGGAGGAGCAGCUAAGUAUGGCGACAUCGUCAUGCAUGACUACAUCGACAGCUACGGGAACUUGACGCUCAAGACGCUGUCGGGCUUCCACUGGCUGCUCAAACAUUGUCCUAAUAUCAGAUUCUUCCUCAAAAUUGACGACGACAUGUGGGUGAAUGUCCCGGCCCUACUUAACCUGCUGCAGAAGGAAGAGAAGAACCUGCAGACUGCAGUCGGAGGUAACUGUCGCUCUCAAGCGGAACCCAUCCGCCAUGCCAGUUCCAAGUGGUAUGCCUCCUUUAAGUCGUACCCGCAGCCGCUCUACCCCGGGUACUGCUCGGGCACAGCGUAUACCAGCUCCCUCAACGUGGCGCGCAGUGUAGUGCGGGUGUCACCGGAUGUACCCUUCUUCCACCUGGAGGACGUGUACGUGUCCCUGUGCAUCAGAGAGCUCGGGGGCAACUUUGUCUUGAAACCUCUUCCGGGUUUCUACCACGCUCAUGCAGAAGCAUGCGUACUGCGUGCACCGGAAACGGUAACGGUGCACGAGGUGUCGGCAAAGCGGCUGCUGGACAUCUGGUCAGCCAAGUGUCCGUGACACGAUUGACAGAUAUUUUCUCAGCGAGUGUCAGUGACACGAUCUUUUGCUCACAAAGAAAGAAUGGUUUGAUGAGAGCUGACAGCCUACCUUCAGCUGCAGUUUAUGAUUUUUGUUGUGAUGUUGGUGAUGGUGAUGGGGAUGAGGAGGAAGGAGAGGAAGGGAGUUGUUCUUGGUGGGUAAUUCAGAUUUUUACAUAAUUUUUGGAUGACGGAUGACUUGCAAUGAAUAUUUGUAAAGAACCCUUACCAGGGAGGCUCACUUGUUGUCUGCAUGUGAAUGGGUUGAACUUUUGAUUUCAUCUGUCAUAUUUAUUCCACAAAUCAUGACUGUAUAUGCAUAUGCCCCCGCAUGUUUACUUCAAGGAAUUAUGUGAAUGUAGGUAGUAUGCAAUUUUUUCAUCUGACACGAUUGUAUUUACUGUAAUUUGUUUCUCUGGUAUGCAAUGUUAUGAUGUCACUGAAAUAAGAUGGUGUAUAGAUAUAUAUUUUUUUUUAAUUCUGCAAGAGAAAAACAAAGGGCGUGAACUCUGCUGCUGCAGACGCUCUUGUCAAACGAGGUUACCUCCCUUGCCAUGGAAAAAUGAUUUUUCUGAUCUUGUCUCCCUUCUCUUGAAUAAUGUAGUCCCUUACAGAACCUGAUGUUAGGGGGGAUGUGAUCUUUCUGUGAUUGACUGCCUACCACCGCUCCCUCUCAUGUAAAUGUGAUGCUAGUGAAACCUUUGUUUCCUUAAAUGUUUUAUAAGUUUCAAGAAAACAAAAAUGUCUCGAGAGCACUUAACUAGUGUUGAACUAUUUGCAUUGAGAUUUUCUUCCUCAACCAUUGAGUAGAUGUCAUUUUAAACUAUAAAUUAUUGGUUGAGAUUAUCAAGAUUAUUAAGUUUGGAGUUAAUAUGCAACAAUAUUCCUUCGACGCAGCAACAAGACAAGAAAUGAAACUGUUUUGUGAACAUUUGUAGUCAAGCUUGAAGCAAAGUGGGUUUUCCUGUGAAAUAAAUUUUUAUUUGCUAAAAUAUUCUUAGCAAGAUAUUGCUCAUAAAGGGCAUAGAGAGCGAUGGCUGGUUAGUGAUAACUUAUAGACUCCAAUACCACCCAGUUUGUUGUGCCUCGUUGUGAAUGAUGUUCCAGAAUGCAUUCACAUCGAGAUUUGCGAUUCCCUAAAAACCUAUUUUAAAAGGUGGAUAUUUUCCCUUUGAACUAUUUGGGAAAGAGACCUUGCUUUAAAACUUCUAGCGAUGUUUUAUUUAUGCAUAAAACCCUAAGCUUUAUUCAGAUUAUGGCAGAUGCAAUGCAAAGAACAGAUUUUGAUUCCACAUUUUUGAAGUUUAUUCACAGCUGUGUGGCGGCGUGCAUGAAUCAUCCACAUUGUACGAGUGGGAGAUACAUGCGAUUCUUUACUGCUUCUACUGUGCAAUCAAAGGGUGUACAUAUCUCAGCUGAUUUAAUUAACACCGCCAUUUUGUCCUACAUACUGUGAUUAUUGUUUUCUCGGUGAUUUGCCUUUUUUUUUCCUUUGCGCUCUCGUUGUCAUAUGUUGCUCAGUCACAAGGGGUAAUUGGUGUUUUACUCCGAUCCAGCAACGGUCUAUAUCAUGGCAAGGCAGCUAACCCUGUAAACAGAUGCCACAUGUAGAGAAAGAACAGUAUGCCCGAGACGAGAGCUGAACCCAGGACAGUCAACCCUCCUGUAUUGGUGACAGGGGCUAACCGGACCGCCCCGGUGACAAUGGGACUUAGUUGUCAUUAUCCUUUUAUGCUGUAAUUACUAUGCAAUUACCGCUUCCAGUCUUUAACAUAAAUAUAUUUUUACUAAGAUAUUUUACAGAGCAGUUUUUGUUGAUGAAGAGAAAGCUGGGCAGAGUCCAGGUGCACAGCAGACUGUUAGGCGCUAGCUGAAUGGUUAACAAGAACCAGUAGGCUAAAAUGGCUUUUCUUCAAGAGGAUUUUAUCUGCUUGGCAUGAACUCUCCAGCUAGCACCUAGCGUCUUGUUGUGCAUCCAGCCCCAGGUUUUUAACCUUCAUCCAAAGUCGGUGUAAGAACAGUUUCUUUUGCUACCGGUAAUUCGAUAUUUUCAUUGCUCGUCCAAAACCUACAGCCUGCCAUUGUAGCGCCAGUGCUGACCCCACCCCCUUGUCCCCCAGAUCUUGCACGUGCUCUCGCGGUUGCGUCUGUGUGCGUGAGUAGGAGGCGAAUGACUGCAAUGGUAUAAAUAAUUUACGAAGCCUCGCAAAUCCAUCAUGUGUCUCUACUAUAAAAGUAAAAGACAAUGUGCCUGCAUUAAAAAUAACGACGUACGGAGAUCUCGUGUUCUUCCUGCCGAUCAUUUCCAUGUCGGAUUAGUCCACUCCUCAGUCAAGGGGUGGUAAGUUCCUGCGGCAUCUGUGCCAGUCUUGUGACAUUUAAUGACCUUCAAAGACUGUUCAUGACCUGUUAACGACCUCUAUGCACUGGCCUUGCACGGUGUACCUAACUAUUCGGUCGUCAGAAAUACCGCCAAGAACUCGGAUGUAACCGCAACCUGACCUUCUUGUACUGAAACGUGGACAUCAUGACCUGCUCUUACCUUAGGGAACCUGACGAGCACAAGCUAUGACACCGUAGUGCACUUCCAUUCUUGAUCUUCGUGAACACCAUGGGGAUUCUUUCUUUGUUUUGGAGGGAUUUUUUAUGGACAUAAACAAAUUCUUCUUGUUCAUAUUAAAAGAUGAGAAUAAACUUUGACUUUUUUCAUUAGAAAUUUAAAAGUAGAAAAGGACUGGGUGAGUUUGUUUUUGUUAUUGGUAUUUGUAUAUGUGAAUGAUGUAAUGUUAUAAUAAAGAAAUAUAUACUAAUAUACAUAACACAUAUGAAACAUAUAACAUACAAAUCCUUAGUGUAUGCCCUGUCCUUAAUCUCUGUAGCAGCUUCAUCCCGCUGACGGUGCCAACACACGCCUGAACAAUCCUACCGUUGAGUAUGUAAGCCUAGUUCGUGAGCUGUUCAUUAAAGACAAUAAGAUUUUACAGGACCCCAGAGAUACUUGCGAAGACUGCACUGAGUAAAGCAUUAAUACGAGGCUUUGCGUAGCUAAAGACAAUUGACGAGGUUCUCGGGAUUCACGAGAUUUUCGUGAGAUGAGACUCUUGGAGCCAAGUUGCAGUGGAAGGAAAUAGUCACUUACAAGAGUGAUGUUCAUGUUCUCCACAAGUUUUGAAACGAGUUUUGUUCACACUGACUUAAGUCACUACGCAUGCGCGAGCAAACGCGGAUUUUAGCUUUACGAAACUUGACCUUGAACGUUUAUUCUGCUUGAUCAUUCCUUCCAAAAUAAAAGCGAACAUCAAAAUCUUAUUCCUAACCCAAACUAAAAUACAAAACUUAAUGCUCAAACCCCCAACUCUAUUUUAAUUACAGAUGUCCACAUAACACGUUAAACACACACACACAAGCUCUCCAGAAAAAAAGAGUGAAAACAAAGUAUGUAUGCCAAAGAAUUUUUUUUAAUUCGAUUGAAAAACGAAUCUGGAACGUUCAGACUGAAAAACCACUCCCCUUAGCAGCUACACGAUGGCAGCUUCAGCAAAAGGCAAUACGAAUACACACACACACAACCAUGCAUGCGACUUCGAUUUGGAAUUUCAGACUUUAUGUCACAUGACUUAAGAUAUUCUGACAAUAAUGUAAGACCUGCCCUACAUGUCUCAUCAACGAAGAGGAUACGUUUCAUAUUAUAUUAUUCUGUCCAUGUCUGAAAGAUCUAAGAAAAAGUUUCAUUCCCAAAAUGGUUUACAUUAGACCGAAUAACUUUAAACUGCUGAUGUCAACAACAACAACAAAAAAAAUGAAAAAAUACUCUCUAACCUUGCCACGUUUUUAUAUUUAGCGACAAAACUGUUCUACGCUAAAGAUAUUUUUCAUCUAUUGUGUAUUAAAUAUUUGUCCUGUAAUGUGUUGUAUGCUAAUCUUUUUGAAUGGACCCAAAGAGCUCACAAAAUAAACCAUUCAUAGACAAACAGACAUAGUCUUAUGUCAUUUGUUUUUAGAAGAUGUUCUUACUUAGAUGACCAAUUUAUCUGUUUUAUCAUUUGUUGUGGAUGAGUGAUUGUAAAAUUAAUGUACUUUUAUUAUUGACAAACUCUGGCUGUGUAUUCUUUCCACAAGGGUAAAUAAAUAUUGUUGAUGUCAUUAUCAAACAGAUCUUCUCACAUUCGUCACCCGUUG